UCUCAGCGCGCAACACGCGCUCUCAGCAACUGUGUUACAGUGAACUACUCGUACAGUUACGGACAAGACAAACUUGCAGCAAUGAAUUUCUCAAUGCACCUGGCAGUAGCAGUUGCAGCCGCGGCCUGCCUCUGCAUAGUGGCCGCAGCCCCCGAGGGGCGGAUCACCCGCACCAAACAGCAGCGCCCCACCCGUGGCUUCAAGAACGUGGAGAUGAUGACCGCAAGGGGCUUCGGAAAGCGGGACAGGCCACACACUAGGGCUGAGCGGGACGUUGAGCACCAAGCGCCGACUAGCCGCUCGCACCGCGGCACGCCCACCUUUAAGAGUCCCACAGUUGGGAUCGCGAGGGAUUUCGGUAAAAGAGCCCCGGAAUUGGACGGUGAAGACCAAGACAGCUAUGAGCCCCACGCUCGCAGGAAGUUUAACCCCAAGAGCAACCUCAUGGUCGCCUACGACUUUGGCAAAAGGAGUGGUAAUGAUGACGUUAACGAUGAAGAGGAAGAAAUUAGAGUGACCAGGGGAGUUUUUAGACCCAACUCAAACGUACUUAUCGCCAGGGGUUACGGCAAAAGGGCCCCUUUGCCAAAAAACGAUCGAGUGUACGGCCUGGACAACUUCUGGGAAAUGUUGGAGGCUUCGCCCGAGCGGGAAGGUCAGGAUGCUAACGAUGAGAAGACUUUGGAAAGCAUUCCUCUGGACUGGUUUGUGAACGAGAUGUUGAACAACCCAGACUUCGCGCGAUCUGUGGUCCGCAAGUUCAUCGACCUCAAUCAGGACGGCAUGCUAUCAUCGGAGGAACUACUAAGGAACGUCGUAUAAACAAAUAUUUAGUUAAAUUAUAAUAACUGGAGAGCCCUUUUAUUUGGAAUCUGUUACUGCAUUCAAAUAUUAUAAUAUAAUAUAUUGCAUAUAUACUUGUAUAGUCUAUUUAUUGUUCAGUUACAGAACUUGUAACGUUACUGUGAUAUCAUUCUAUUACAUUCGCAUUCAAAAAUUGAAAAAAAAAUCUUCUUUUCUAUUAAUUUUUAAGAACGGUAUUGUUGUUCGGAUUUAACGAUUGUUGUAAAUAAUUUAAAUUAUAAUAUCGAUGGCAUAAGAAUUGUCUGUCCAUAGAGAUACUCUUUAUAUCUAAAAAUGUAGAUUAAUAUUCGUUAUUGUAACUGAAUAAUUUCCUUUCUUAUGUGUGCCGCGUUUUGAAAUACAACAGACAUUAUGUAGGAGUAAUUGUUGCCUUCCAUAUGUUGGAUGAGCGUUACGUGUUACGCGAUGUCUGAGCCAAGCUUUAGAUAAAAUAGUUGGACUAAAACCAAGAUAUUUGGAAGAAACAAUUAUUAUCUGAAAACAAUUCAGUCAACUUCAUGGUGUUGUAUUAUCCGAGUAAUUUAAGAGGUACAAGACUAAAAUGUAUUUUAAUGUUAGUCAUUAUUUGAAAUCUCCAAUUACAUGUUUCAAUAUCGUCUCGUUUAAAUGUGAUUUUCAAUUUAUAAGGGGAAAGGCGAACCUAACGAUCUAUUAAUGUAUGUUCUACGAUUAUUUAGGCUGGGUCACACUGUAUCCUAUUCAUGUCAAUUUCAUAGAUGAAAUUAUAGAAGGAGUUAGUGGAGUCUGUCCUUACCAAGUCACUCUGCAUACAUACAUGUAAUUUAUAUACUAAUGGAUAUAAUAAAAAUAUUUUUAGGCGGUAAAAUAUUCGAAAACUGAAUGUUUGGAUACCCAUUAUUUAAUUAGUUCGUUGUUAAUUACCACUGUCGACGUUAUG